AGUAGUACAAUAGUUCGACAACAGCAUGUAGUUCCGUUUGUGUUCUCAGCUGUUUUACUUCUGUUCCCAAUUCGCCUGGAACGUCUGAUUUGUCUCCUCUACAACUACUAGUGGAUCGCUCUGACUCUUUCAAGGUCAUUCAACGUUCGGGUCUGUUUUGUCCGUGGGUUCCUCUAGUUGGGGAAACAUUUUUUUUCCUAUUUUCUCCUUUGACUCUGGAAGGGUUGAUUACAUCAUCAGCUCAUGCUAGAUCAGCUGCCGUCACUCCAGCAGUAGAAACACUCUCACUACUCUCACCACCCUCGGUCUCCUUGUCCUUGUUUUGAUCCUCAGUCACAUCGUUAGCUUGUGCAGGAUCCCAGGGCCAGCUAGCUAGGACAGUCGUGCCUCAAAAUGAACGUCCACGGGUUGAUCAAGACCAAAGAGCUUUGGGCCUUGCGGACCAUCGUCCACAUCCCGAGAUGUUCGAUUUCGUCCAAGAUGGUGGGAGGGCGUUACCUCAGGGCGGAGAUUGUCCGGAAGAAGGGCCGCAAUCUCGUGAGUGAUCCCAUUUCCAACAAAGGUCUGGCCUUUCCACUCUCGGAACGAGACCGUCUCAGCGUCAGAGGACUCGUGCCUCCUCGGAUUUUGAGCAUUCAGGAGCAGGAGCGGGUCAUCAUGGAUGAAUACACCCGGGGCUGGGCGGCACGGGCGGAGCAAGAGCCCGAAGAUGAGAUCAUCAAGUCCGGGGUCAGUCCCGACAACAUCCGCAAAUGGAAGGUUCUCCAGAGCGUUCAAGACCGAAACGAGACUCUCUUCUACAGAAUCCUCAUGGACAACUUCCAAGACAUGGCGCCCAUCAUCUACACGCCCACCGUGGGCUGGGCGUGCUCGCAUUUCUCGCAACUCUACCGUCGACCCCGAGGAAUGUACUUUUCUCACGGAGAUCGCGGCGAGAUGGCCUCCAUGGUUUACAAUUGGGAAUCCGAUGAAGUGGAUGCGGUCGUCAUCACCGAUGGAAGUCGGAUCCUGGGCUUGGGCGAUUUGGGCUUGGGCGGGUUAGGCAUUUCCAUUGGCAAACUGGACUUGUACGUGGCCGCCGGAGGUUUUCAUCCCCGUCGAGUCCUCCCCGUGGUUCUGGACAUCGGCACCAACAACCAGAAGCUCCUCAACGACCCCAACUAUCUCGGUUUGAAGCAACCCAGAAUCGACGGUGAGGAGUACUACGCCAUUAUGGACGAGCUCAUGGCCGCCAUCAAGCUACGUUGGCCGCGAGCCCUCAUCCAGCAUGAGGAUUUCCAGUCCAAGCACGCGGUCAACCUUUUGAAGAGGUAUCGGUCAGAGUACCUCAUGUUCAAUGACGACAUCCAAGGCACGGCGGCCACGGUCUUGGCCGGGCUCUACGGCGCGCUGAAGGUUCAGGGUCUGCCGCCAGAUGCGUUGAAGAACCAGAAAUUUGUGGUGGCGGGUGCUGGAUCUGCGGCAUCCGGGGUCCUUCUCACCAUCCGAAACGCCAUCACUCGACGGUAUGGUUUGGACAAGCGAGAAGCAGGCAAUUUGAUCUACAUUGUGGAUGAGAGAGGCUUAAUUACCAAGGCUCGUGACAAUCUGGACAAGAUGGAGGAACUCUUCUACGAUCUGAAGACCUUCGCAGCCGAAGAGACCAACAUGGAAGGCAUGGAAUUACUGGAAGUGGUCAAGACGGUCAAGCCCAACAUUUUGAUUGGCCUCUCUGGGGUUGGGGGUAUUUUCACAGAUGAUGUUCUCAAAGCUAUGAACAAAUCCCCAACUCCGCCCAUCAUUUUCCCUCUCUCCAACCCGACCUCUCGCUCGGAAUGCUCUGCCGAAGCUGCCCAGAGAUGCACUGGGGGCCGAGCCAUUUUCGCCUCAGGCAGUCCCUUCCCCUCGGUGACUAUUGACGAUACCAUGAUUGCUUCCUCCCAAUGCAACAAUAGUGAUCAACUCCCCCAUGACGGUGAGCUAGAACCAGGCAAAGUGAUCGCUUCAUCGCAAUGCAACAACAGAUACAUUUUCCCUGGUUUGGCGUUGGGUGCGGCCUUGGGUCAAACGGGUGUGGUGACCAAUGCCAUGAUCAAUCGGUCGGCUGAGGCCCUGGUGGAGUUAAUUUCCGAAGACGAUCUCAAGCGACGUGCCACCUUCCCCGAGAGAGUGGACAUCCGUGACAUCUCCAGUCAUUUAGCUGUCCGGGUCAUUCAACAAGCCAUUGAGGAGGGAUUGAAGAUUGGAAACCUGCAGGCCAAAGAAGCCCUGGAAUAUGAGGGCGAAGAAGGACUAAAAACUUACAUCGAGUCCAAGAUGUGGAAUCCCGAGUAUCGGCCACUCGUGUAUCUCCCUCCGGGGAAAGGUGAAUAAUUGAGGAUCACACACAUCUAAUGGAGUGGCCCCCACUUUUGCAUCAGUGGUGCGUCCAGAGAGGGUGGCAACCGUUGCCAAAUUAUUAUCAUUAUUCGAGACGCCCAGUUACAAUUUAUGCCGUAUUUUUAUGAAUGCAUGUAUGAUCCUUCAUUUCAAAAAUAAGAACGUGCAAAAGAAUCCCACCCCCAA